UUUCGUUUCCGACGUGGUUUACUGAUCGCCACUAACAAGUGAAAAUGGCAAGAAAUGACGCCGAUGAGCCCAAUAUCCAUUCGUCUGGGAUCUUCGAUGAGCUCACACCACUUGCAGAGAUAUUCAGGUCGAAGCUCAUUGAAGAUUUCCAUCUCCUCGAGAGCUUCGAUGACCACGGUCAUUCGGACGUACCCAAAUUCUACUCCAAAGAUUUAGCAGAUGAGGCAACGUUGGAUAAGAUGAUGCUGACCAACCCGCAUGGACUGGUCAAGUUCCAUGCCUACACUCGCAAAGACAAUACUGAGAACGUCGGCAGUAUUGACCGCAGGAAGAACCGUGUCCGCAACAAAAACUCCAAGAACCCACCCAUCGACAUGUGGGCCCAUUACUUGCUCGAAACAUCUUAUUUUCAGAAUUUCAUGUUGAUUUUGAUUCUAGCGAAUUCACUUUCCCUUGGCUUACUGUCAGAAGUAGCAGACAGAACUGACCCCAGCCUAGCCGGAACCCGUCGAUUUCUUGAGAUCUUUGAUUACUGUGCUCUCUUUCUUUUCAUGGUUGAGAUCCUCCUCAAAUGGGUGGACAACUUCCCAUUAUUCUGGAAGAACGGCUGGAAUAUCUUCGAUUUCGUUGUCACAGUUGCCUCUUUCAUACCGGAAAUCAUCGCCUCAGCCGCUGGGGACCUCGAGGAUCUCAAAGUCAUUGUCGGUAACAUCCGAGUCUUCCGUAUCUUCAGAGCGCUCAAGAUGGUGUCCAGGUUCAGACAGGCUCGUAUGAUCGCACUGGCUAUCACUAAAGCCUUUAACGCGAUGUCGUUCAUCCUGGUUCUCUUCCUGCUCUUUCUCUACAUCUUCGCAAUCACCGGUAUCAUCUUCUUCGACAGCUACUCGAGAUCGAUGAGGGACGACCUCACCCAUCAGCACAGCUUUAAUAAUUUAGGCAACGCGAUGAUCACCCUGUUCCAGCUGUUUACUUUGGACCAGUGGUACAAGAUCUUGAAAGACAUGUGGAAGGUGAUGGGGAGUGUCGCACCUACUUUCUAUAUCAUGCUUUGGAUCUGUAUCGGAUCGUUCAUCUUCAAGAACCUCUUUGUCGGGAUUAUGGUGAACAACUUUCAGAACAUUCGGAAUGAGUUGUUCAUGGAAGUGAAAGAGCAGGAGGUGAUGGUCCAGAUGCAGCUGGAUGCCGAUAAGUUCAACGAGGAGCUUGAAAGACAGGAUCAAGAACUCAACACGGGCAGGCGUGUUUCGAGUAUGAAGCUUCUAGAGGUUGAUUCAGUCAUGGAGACUAUAGAAGAAGAACCAUCAAGAGAUCGGAAAAGCCACAAGAGUGUAGCUAGUUCUGAUGCACUCUUCCGCCGAGUAAGCCGAAUGAUGGGAGAAAUCACCAAGAAAUCUGGAGUGUUAGACUGGGAGAAGACGGUCCAUGAUAACCUUCAGCUGCUGGUGAACUCCUCGUCUGAGACUAUCUGGCCACGUGACACUCUCUUUAGGUACUUCCAGCUCAUGGAGGCAUUACAGGAAAACCUCCAGGAACGUCAAGAUCUCCAGAAUAUGACCUGUGAGUAUAAUAAUAAUAUUCCGUUUUUAUAUAGCGCUUAAUACAUCGAUCGGUGAUGUCUCU